AUGUGUACUUUGAAUGGUGGCAGUGCGCUUCCUAAUAACUUGUACGUUUUUUCUAAUAACAGACUGUGUUACGAUAUGUUUUUCGACGAGAGACUUCGCGGCCCGCAGCCAAUGGAGUCAUCUUCUGCGCCCCAAGAAGUCAUCGUAGAAAGCCUCACCGAGGAUCUUUACAAUCCUACAAUGCAAAACGAUGACAUUUGGAAAAAAUUUGCCCUCCCCACGCCGCCGUACUCUCCAGAAAACUACCUGCCUCAAGGUAACUGUAAAGGAAACUUUAUCAUUCCAACCCACAAGAGAAACGGUCUUCAAGUUGUGCCUGAGCCGGAAGAUCUCUCGUCUGAUCUUCCCUUGGUACUUAGCGACGCUGAGAUGGAGCGUUUGACUUGUUCCACAAUUGAGGAUGACUACAUUUGGCCUUCUGGAGAGAGCGACUUUGAUCGCGUCGAGUCGCAAAGGUUUCAAGGCAAUCGGGUAGUGCUGUCGGCGGCGUGUGUGCACGAACCCAGCGCUGAAAUGGCGGCAGAGCACCGAAUGUUGCCCGAGUUGCCUCCUUUUGUCCCCACGGUUACAAACCAAGAUCCUGCACUCGCCCAGCAACAAAUAGAGAGAUGGCACUCUCAAUUCUCAGGUGAAUAUGGCCAUUAUUUCAUUCAGAUAGCGAAACUACUAACUUUGUACCCGGGAAGUCAAAGUUUUCUGAUGGUUUCUUAAACUAAGCAAUUUCACUUUCGAAUUGCAAGACAACAGCCAACCCAAGGGCUAAAUUUCGUUGACUUUAGUGGCUCUUUAAACUUAGUUUGAUUUAGUUCUUCAAUCAUGAAUAAUGGGGGUAAUUUAGUUUGCUUUUGUCACUAGUGAAUUGGGAAAUUUUGUUUUUGAGCUAAGGCGCGUGCAUGACUGACUUUUAUUUGAAGAGUUUCUUGCCUAUUGCUAUGAAACCAAGAAAGGAAUUAGCAGAGCUUGAUAAACAGCCCAACUGUCUAAAUGUUUAUCGCUGGAACGUCUUCCUAAUUGAAUGUUUAAAAUGCACGCUCUGUGGUCUAAGAGACUUUAGUUUUAUUACGAUCUGGCUUUGUUUACAACUUGUUGCAGAUUUUUAGUUUACACUUGGCGCGUUUUUUGGUAAACUUCGACUAAAUGCCACAUAUAAACCGGGAUUUUUUCUAGUAACUUACUGCCAGAAAACAACUUCACAAAAGCCUUGAAUUGAGACUGGUAUUUUAAACCUUUCGAUAGUUUCUUUUUGUCAAAUAGAAUACACAAUCUGUCCUAUGACAAACGAGCCUUUAUGAGUGGCCGGCUGCUAAUUAAAUCUUUCUUAUUUCGAAAACAGAAACGCUUUAAACAAUGGGUUUCAAGCUUCAUCUUUGAUUCGCUAUUAAAUAAAAGUCUGUCAUACUGCUAAUAAUUACUCAAGAAGUAUCGAAAUAACUUGUUUGUCAAAUCUAGAGGCAAAUUAACCCCCUUUCCAAGCACAAGAGACGUUUUAAGUUGUGCGCGAUUUGUUUAUUAUUGAAAUUUUACCAACUCCAUUAAUUGUGAUUGCGCGAGGUAGUUUAACUAAUUUUAUUGCAACGUUUUCUUUUUUGCAGUAGAAAAUCAAGUAAUGCGACUGCCUAGACCCCCAAGCGAGGAGUUUAUCCCUCAAAGAUUUGACUGCGUGGCCAGCGCCAAAAAACCACGCAAACCACGACGAUCGAGCAGGCAGGAUUCACCUCCAAUUGAAGGCGACGACUCUGAGGAUAACGAAACUAGCCGGGCUACACACAACGUCUUGGAAAGGCAGCGGCGAGAAGAUCUUAAAUGCCGGUUCCAGUUUCUUAGAGACAGUAUUCCUGAAUUGGAAGAUAACGACCGCGCAUCUAAGGUUUUAAUACUGAAAAAAGCGCGGGAAUAUGUCCACCAACUGUUUUUAGAAGAGGAACGACUCCUAGCUGACAAAGAACUUGAGCGUCAGAGACGUUUGAUCCUCCUCGAGCGCCUAAAUUGUUUAAGACAGGGCUAUAUGUAGAAUAACAGUUUUGCCAAAAUUUUGCUAGUUCUUUUUUAAUGUAUAAUUUAAAGUGAACAAUUCAUUCUCAAGGAAAUCGUUAUAUCGCAUUCAUGCAGGUAUAAAAUUGGCUGUAAUUAGAAGGCACCAGAAGUUGAUGCCUAGAUUAAUUCGCAGUUUAUUGGUUUCGAAUAUUUUUGAUCGAUAGAUACUAUACAUGCGUGGCUGUGCUGGAAGCCAGUUGUAAAAUAAAUUUAAAAAACAGAUUCCUAUUAUUAUUUUUGGCAACUGUCAAAGUUAAAAAUGAAGAUUUCGUGAUGUCCAGAUAUCUUUCUACGCUCUAAGUCUUUUAUAAAAUUCCAUCAAGAUGGACGAAAAGAUUUUUUAUUACCAUUCCAAUUUCAGUCUAUAUUCGCACAAGAAGAAUGUUCUACCAUGCAAUUUAAACAAUCAAGUGUCUUUUAUUUUUUCUUCCAAAAUCAUUAUUGAAGAUACAAAUCACCUUGAUUAUCGUUCAUGUUGAUUUUUAUUAAGUGUAUGGUUGAAUAAUUCGUUUCUAACGAACAAAAACGCCAAUUUUUUUUCUUGCGAAAUGUUUUUCUUUACACCAAACAUACGCCCUUCGCGUUACUAUUUUAAGACAAUCGCGACUCUUUUUCUACCGUGCUUUACUUGUGGCCAUUUUCAUAAAAUGAUAUGUAUGUGUUUUGUGUCGAGAAGUUCUAAGAGAAGUUCUACUAAUCUCACUAAUUCUUGUACAUAAAUGAAAGCAAACUCUAUUUGUAAACAUCAUCUAAUCCGUGGAUAUAUAUUUUGCUCUCCGGGGUUUGUGUAUGUCCUAUAGCGUAUUCUAAGUCUGAGUUGUUGAGGAAUAGUCCUCUACACCUCCGCGUAAACUUCCAUGUGUAAUACUUUUGUACUGAAACAUUAGUGCCUAGAAAAUAAAGAGG